AGAGGGUGGUAACUCUACUGCAAUUGAAUCCGGACGUAGAAGCCACGACGCCCUUAAGGCGACAAGCUGCACUUGGGAUCAUCCUGCCCGGAGGACCGACUAUACGAGCAUCGACCCUGCAUCAUCACCCUUGACUCUGUGUUGCAACCAUCCACCAUGCCUCACGCGACAGACUCCGAGUACCACCAUAUCACGGUUAAGCAGCUCGCGCCAACAUUUGCGGCUGAGGUCACUGGUGUGGAUUUCUCCAAGCCCGUCGAGAAGCAGGUCUUUGAUGAGAUCCGCCGCGCCAUCGUCGACUAUGGAGUGCUUGUCUUCCGCAAUGCUGGUCUCGAUGAUGCCCGACACGUCGCCUUCUCUGCCCUCUUCGGUGAACUAGACGACGUCAAGCCAUACCUCACUCUCGGUCGCAAGAAUCGAUUCCCCUUUGAUGAGCUGUUUGACGUUUCUAACCAAGAGGACGACGGACAGCUUGUUAAAAUCGGAAGUCAACGCCAUCACAUGGGUCUGGGCAACUCGAUAUUCCAUGUGGACUCAAGUUUCAACCCCCGACGAGCCGGCUACAGUCUGCUUCGCGCCCAUCAACUUCCGCCUAGGGGUCACGGCGGUAACACUGACUUUGCCGACACGAGAACCGCCUUCGACGAGUUGCCCGAAGAUCUGCGCAAGGACCUGCUAGAAAACGAGUACAUCGGCGCUCACAGCCUGAUGCAUUCCCGGAAGAAGGCCGCCCCCAAGGACAGCCCGUGGCUCAAGGACGUCAACCCGGAAGAAUUCCCCUUUGGACGCCACGACGUGGUCCAGACGCACCGGCCCAGCGGCCGCCAGAACCUCUACAUUGCCAACCACAUGCAUCACCUGGAGUACAAGACGCCCAAGUCCGCCGACUUUGUGCCCACCCCGAAGCAGCCGUUCGAACGGGUGCCCGAAUCCCAGGGGACCGCACUCAUCGAGAGACUGCUCGCCCACGCCGCGCAGCCCCGGUACCUCGUCAGCGUCGAGUGGGAGAACGAGGGCGACCUGGUCGUCUGGGACAAUACCUGUGUCAUGCACAAGGCGGGCGAGGGCACUUUCAUGGAGAAAUACGCCCGCGACAUGAGGAGGUGUACCGUGCACGACGGCAGUGUGGAUGCUUGGGGCCACAAUGAGCGGACGACCAAGAGGAUGGGGCUGCCGUAG